AUGAAUACAAGGACAUACGUACGUAAAAUAGCCAACCUGUCAAUGGAAAUGCAGACCAACACGUUGGAGCUCAGAUACAAACCGAAAGCUCUCAUCACGAGAAGGAUUUUACACAGAAGAUUACCAACGAGUCAGGCGUUCGUGUAUUUCCAACCAAUCUGGAACAAAGCAAAUACGAUGAACACGAGAAAUAAUGACAAUGAUAUGAUAUGA